CACGGAAGUAGUUAGCCGAGAUUGAGCAGCCUACGCUGCUUGCUCUGAAAAAGGUCCCGUUUCAGACCGCGACUGAUUUAGUUUGGAAUCAUACGUCUCCGUUGCGUGGGUAUUCAACGGAUAGUUUGAUAACGUUUGGCUAUUGAAAAAAUGUUUUUUGGGUCGUCUAUUGUGUGUUGAUAUGCCUCAGGUACAAAUGAUGUUACCAACUUUGCACAUUUUGUGAAGCUCCACCUCAGACUUACUUCUGAAUUUGCUGGACAUUCCCAGAAGGCAUGCCUGUCUUUCGCCGGCGAUUGCGGAGGCUGUUGCACCCCUGGAAACUGGGGCUUGUGGGCCUCAUUUUUGUCACUUUCGUAUUCCUGAUCCAACGGGAAGUAGUGAUCCAGACUGCAGAGGAGGGCACGAUGUUGGGCAUGGUGAUGGGCGCUGUCCAUAACUUGGGCGGAGGGCCUAAAAUGCAGAUCAAAGCCCCGGUCCGGCUUUCGGAGGGUUUGGACGGCGUCUCGUGUUUGCCCGGCCAUUACACCGCUGCUGAGCUGAAGCCGGCUUUGGAGCGUCCGCUCCAGGACCACAGCUCUCCUGGGGCAUCCGGAAAACCCUUCCCUACGGACGACCUGAGCCCCGCCGAGCAGGAGGAGAAGGACCAGGGAGAAAAGAAGCACUGCUUCAACCUCUUUGCCUCCGACCGCAUCUCCCUGAGCCGCGACCUGGGGCCCGACACCAGACCACCUGAAUGCAUAGAGCAGACUUUCAAACGCUGUCCACCCUUGAUGACCACCAGCGUAAUCAUCGUGUUUCACAACGAAGCGUGGAGCACACUGUUGCGGACGGUCUACAGCGUCCUGCACACCUCCCCGGCCAUCUUCCUCCGGGAGAUCCUCCUGGUCGACGAUGCCAGCACUGACGAGGCCCUGCACGAGGAGCUGGAUAACUACCUGAAGCGGCUGCACCUGGUGCGGGUGGUCAGGCAGCGGGAGAGGAAAGGCCUGAUUGCCGCUCGGCUCCUGGGAGCCUCUGUAGCCAGCGGGGACACCCUCACCUUCCUGGACGCUCACUGUGAGUGUUUCCCUGGAUGGCUGGAGCCAUUACUGGCCAGAAUAGCAGAGAACUACACAGCAGUGGUGAGUCCAGACAUCACCACCAUCGACCUCAACACGUUUGAGUUCAAGAAACCCUCCCCCUACGGACAGAACCACAACCGGGGAAACUUUGACUGGACUCUGGCCUUCGGCUGGGAGGGCCUGCCGGACCAUGAAAAGCUCCGGAGAAAAGAUGAGACCUAUCCUAUCAAGACACCCACUUUUGCAGGGGGGCUGUUUUCUAUCUCAAAGGAGUUCUUCUAUCACAUUGGAAGCUAUGAUGAACAAAUGGAAAUCUGGGGUGGAGAGAAUAUCGAAAUGUCUUUCAGAGUAUGGCAGUGCGGGGGCCAGUUGGAGAUCCUCCCCUGUUCCGUAGUGGGGCACGUCUUCCGCUCUAAGAGCCCCCACACCUUCCCCAAGGGCACCCAGGUGAUAAUCCGCAACCAGGUGCGCCUGGCUGAGGUGUGGAUGGGCGAGCACAAGGGCAUUGUUUACCGGCGGAACACGCAGGCUGCGCAGAUGUCCAGAGAGCGGUCUUUUGGUGACAUUUCCGAGCGCGUGGAGCUUCGGGAGCGUCUUAAGUGCAAGAGUUUCUCCUGGUACCUGAGUAACGUGUAUCCCGAGGCCUUCGUCCCUGAUCUCCAUCCUGCCCGUUCUGGCUCACUGAAGAGCAUUGGUAGAGAGCUGUGCUUGGAUGCUGGUGCGAACAACGAGGGAGCUAAGCCACUGAUCCUGUACACCUGCCAUGGACUAGGAGGAAACCAGUAUUUUGAGUUUUCGACGCACCACGAGGUCCGGCACAACAUCCAGAAGGAGCUGUGCAUGCAGGGCUCAGAGGACGCUGUGACCCUGGAGGAAUGUCAGAACAAGGGACUCGGCACCUCCACUGGACCUGAGCAGAAGUGGGAGUUGAAGAAGAACAAGUUGUUGUGGAACCACAAGUGGAGGCUGUGUCUGACAGCCCUGAAUGAGCACCCCACCCUGGUGGCCUGUAACCCGUCAGACAGGUACCAGCUCUGGGUGUUCACCUGAGGUCUCCUCCCCAUUCCCACCGCAGGAACCGGGAGGAGUCCCUUUCAGCAGCCGCUCGUGUGCUGGAUUCAUCUGUAUUUUGUAAAGUAAUGUUUUCUAUUCAUUAUAAAGUGAUAUUUGUAUGGAUACACAAGCACACAGAAUCAGUUUAUUUAUUUAUUUUGUGGAGGGGGGUGGGGCGUGGCAACUAUUGCAUUCCAUGAUGCAACAUAUGGGCACUUUCCUUUUGUGUGGCUUAAGAGAACAUGACCUCACCUCAGGAAAGACGUAGUUGUAGUGAAAGGUUUUGUGGUGAACAAGAAUUUGAAGGGAGGUGAAGCUUUGUCUAAUGGCGGCAGUUUUGAAAACUAAAAUUGGUACGUUGAAGACAAUUCUAUCAGGAAGCUUGUACAUAUGAUGUUUUUUCAGCCAAUAGAACCAAGUAUGGCAGCUAUCAACAAUUCAAACUGCCAUUUGCAAUAAAGUUGUAUACAAGGUUCCAGUAAUGAAAGCUUUGCAUUAACAUCAGGGAAGCAAAGUACAAUAAAGUGGAAAGACUGAGAACUGAAUGUUUUUAUAGCUAGCUUUCUUCCAUCCCUUGUUUGGUAUACUUUUUAUAUACCAUUGCUUUCUAUUUUCAUGUGCUAUUUGGCUGAUACAGUAUCUAACUUGAUAGCCACAUUUUAGAUGGCAAUUAAUGGCCAUUCCUGCAUUUAAUUCAGCAAUAAAAUGUCCUGUUUGGAAUUUCCUGUCUUAAAUGUGAAUGGUAAUGAACAUCCAUAAUACAUAAUGUACCGAUAGCUUAUUUUAAGAAAAUAUGUAAUGUGAAGUUUUCCAUGUUUAUACUACCACACCCGACAUAAACUGUUGUAAGGACUCUGCUACUGAUUGACAAGCUUUCCUCAGGUCGGUAUGGUUUUUCUUUAUCAGAAAUCAACAAAAGACAAAUAAAAACACUUGCACUUUGAGAAA